AUGACACUGAAGCUCGCAGCCUCCUCCUCUGCUGCUGCCGCCGCCGUGCUGGCCCUCCUGCUCCUGAUUGGCUGCGGCCAGCGGGCGGCGGCCCACCCGGUGGACCAGCCGCUGAGCCCGGUGCUGCACAGCGAGCGCACAUACAACGCCGUGAGGAACGUGUCCCGCCAUAACCAGCAGCCUGAGGACGACCCCAGCGUGAGACUGAUGCCCAAAGUCACCGUCAAGCAGGACCAACUGAAGAUCUGCUGCCUCCACGCCAACAUCCUGGAGUUCUACCUCAACAACGUCCUGCGUCACCGUGACAACGAGCAUCCCAGCAUGCACCAGCUGAAAACCGACCUGCACCGGGUCAGCGAGGACCUGAAGUCACACGGCUGCAACGUCGCCCGUUACCGCGACCAUCCUCACACCGUGGAGUUUCGCAAGAAGCUCGACAAGAUGGGCGAGGCCGGCAUCAACAAGGCGGUGGGAGAGAUCGACAUCCUCUUCAUGUACCUGCAGGAGUCCUGCGUCCAGUCCAGGAAGUCCGCCGCCACCGCCGCCACCACCGCCGACUACACCGACGACACCACCGCUCAGCUCUGA